AUGUCAACUCCAGCAAGGAAGAGGCUUAUGAGGGAUUUCAAGAGGUUACAGCAGGACCCUCCUGCCGGCAUCAGUGGUGCUCCUUAUGAUAACAAUAUCAUGCUCUGGAACGCUGUUAUUUUUGGCCCCGAUGACACUCCUUGGGAUGGUGGAACGUUUAGGUUGACAUUGCAAUUUACUGAGGAUUACCCAAAUAAGCCUCCUACUGUGAGGUUCAUUUCAAGAAUGUUCCACCCAAAUAUUUAUGCUGAUGGAAGUAUUUGCUUGGAUAUUCUGCAAAAUCAGUGGAGUCCAAUCUAUGAUGUAGCAGCUAUUCUGACAUCCAUCCAGUCACUGCUUUGCGACCCAAAUCCCAAUUCACCGGCCAACUCUGAAGCCGCACGGUUGUUUAGUGAGAAUAAGCGUGACUAUAACAGGAAGGUGCGUGAAAUAGUGGAGCAGAGCUGGACAGCUGACUAA